GUAUCGUUGAAGAAGCCGACAUUGUUAUAGGGAAGAUAGGAAGACUGAAUUUUGAUGAAAAUACGCAACAUACUCGAAGUAAAUGAAGCGAUAAAUGGUGCAAAAGUCGCUUAAUACAGUCUUGCAACAUACUACGCAUAAUAUCUUCAGAAAUCUGUUCGAUGUAUUCGGACAGACACGUGUGAUUGCAGAUCGGCUUUCGAGGGAAACAAUGCAUGGCGAUUUGAGCGCGCACCUGCCCAUGCUGUGUCAUUCAUGGUGAUUUCGAAUCGUUCGACUCUUCUCGAGACCGGUAUUAAGGAAGCUGUAUUGUGAUAUUUUUGUGUGUUGCUGUAGUAAACAGACUCAAGCAUGUUCAUCGAAACAUUAGAAUUCACAAUUCCAGUGGAUUUGUGUGACCUAUUUUCCACUUUGAAAAGGGGGCCAAGAUCUAAUCUUGAAUUCCCGGCAUCCGUGAACUCGUAUGGUACAACGCAGGAUGCCAAUAUUCAAGUUGCUUUAAGAUCAAACAAAUUGACGUUCAAAGUGGACGGUGUGUCGUCAAAUUCAAGCAUGAUAUCAAAGAGUGAAUGUAAGACAUUAAAACUCUCAGUGUUCGAUGUGGACUGUUCCUUAGCCCCAGCAGAACAACCGAACAUCAUAAUGUCAAUGUCUGAAAAUAUACAUCAUUCAGUAACUCAUAAGAGAUCGUAUGACUUUUCUGUGCCAGUGUCUUCUCCUGCUCCAAAGAGUCGAAGGAUUUCAGAACCAGUGCAAUCUCGCCACAUUCCUCAACCUCAACCUCAAAACACUUCACGUCCGUCCAACAACUCUGAAUCAAAAUCUGCAAUUGACCCUCCAGUUAAUGUGAAACAAGAACCUGAAGAUCCAGAUUUAAUAGAAAUAGAACCUGACUCUGAAUUGAAUGAUAUCGUGCCAAAGAAAGAGACUCCAUACAUGCAAAUAGACUUCUCAUCAGGUGUACCUCAUACGCAAACGUCCCAAGCAGCUCUAGAUCGACUCUCUCAUCAACAAUCAUCGCAUUCUCAAUCGCCCGCAUCUUCAUCCUCAUCCUUCCAUCAAAACGUUCCACAUGUGCCAGAUUACGCCGAACCCAGUACUAGUCAAGUUCAUCAUGGUGACCAAAGUGCAGAUGACUUUUUAGUGUUUCAAGAAGACAAUGACUAUGGCGACGAUAACGAUAACGAAGCAGAUUACAGUAACGACGAUUGGGAUGAUGUGACUGAAGGCAGUAAAAGGGCUAGCAGUAAUUGUCCAAAGUCCACUGCCCCCAAAUCAGCAGUGGCGGGUGUCCAGUACACUGGACAAGGCAAGGCUCCCCAUGCCUCAACUCCACAUCACUUGCCUAAACGGGAUGGAGGAAGGUCUGGAGGGCCUAGAACCAGACACGUCUUGUCUACCCCUCCUGAUCGUCAGAACAUACCCAAGUCCAUUGAGAAAGAGAAGCCUAUACCAGACAUGCAAGGCUCACCCCAGUCAAGUCUGGAAGAUUAUGAUACAAUUGAGGUGUUGAAUAUCAGCACGGAGGGCAGGAGUAAGAAGGUGUUUGUUUACUCAAAGAGCGUGCCCAAUAGCGAUGCUCCUGAGAGAGUUACGUUUGAACCUGACACAAUCUUAAAGCCCUUUUCUGCAUCAGAACAUGCAUACAGCAGGGGGGAACACAGUACACUGAAACAUCAGACCCCAUCAAGCAGGAAGGAGGAUACAGCCCAAACGGCCCAAGCUGCAGAGGAGAGUCCAGUUCCACCAAAGGUCCUCAGCAUCAUUGUCAAUGGCGAAGUGAUGUUUUCUUGUUCAGUCUGUGGGCAUGUGUCCCCAAAGAUAUCUGAAAUAGAUCAGCACAUCAUGGCUGCUCACAAUAAGAUCCCUGUCCAGCAACUCACAGGGUCAUCUUCGUCCGUUGAAGACUGUUACAAAUACAGCAAGUCACAUGGUUGGUGGACUUUCAGUUGCUUGCUGUGUACUCACAUUGAACAUGACCAACGCAACAUGGUGAGGCAUGUACAGUACAUGCACUUCGGCAACAAGUGCAGUGAGGCUGCUCCUGUGACGACGUCUUGCUCUGCUCUACCAAUUAAAGAAUCUAGUUCUGGUUUGAAAAAAAGCCCAGUGGUCAGGCCACCAUUGAAAUCUGUCCUGAUGGCCAAAGAUCGAAAAGCAGCGACAGUUCAAAAUCGCCAAGUAGAUGAUCGUGCGAGGUUCAACUGUUACACGUGUGAUUAUCACACAAACAGAAAAAGCCACUUUAAUCGACACGAGAUGAGUAUUAUGCAUUUAAAGUUAAAAAGUGAACAAAGAGGUAAGACGAAACUUCCUGAAAAGAAAUCCCAUGAGAAUAUAUUAGCAAAGAAGUGUUACCGUUGCCGUAAUUGCAAAUAUUCUUGUACUAGCGAGUCCAAGUUGAAUGUCCAUAAACUUGUUCAUGUUGAUAGUUCUCGGAAAUGUAUGAUCUGCAAGAGAGCGUUCUAUAGCAAGUUUCAUCUCCGACAGCACAACGAAGCCAAGCAUCCAGAGAAGAGAAAAGUAAUACUGGAAAAAAAGAAAUCCAAAACUACUGGUGCUGAAAAGUCCACGUCAUCUGAAGGAAGUUCUUCUAACAAGCUGAUCUGUGGCAUUUGUAGCCAGACUUUCUCCCAGAGAAGGGAUCUGCAGGAACACGUACUCACACACUUGCCGAAAGUCCAUCGUUGUGAACUCUGUAAUAAACGUUUUGCCUUCAGUCAGGCGUUGAUAAAACACAGACUGGUUUGCACGGAGAAAGACACUUCUGAUGAGCCUAAAAUUGAAAUUGACAAAGCUGAAGAGAAUUCAGAAAUUGAAGAUGCGGAAGAGAAUUCAGAAAUUGAAGAUGCGGAAGAGAAUUCAGAAAUUGAAGAUGUUGAAGAGAAUCUGGAAACCGAGGAUGUUGAAGUAAAUCCCAAACCUGCUGGGGUUGAGACGGUUGGUUUGCCUGCAGCUCCCAGUGAACUGUUGGAUGUUCGGAUUAAGGAGGAGCCAAGAGUAGACCAGAGCUGUAUUUGAACUGGUCUUGUUGAAGUUGGGGCGGUCGUGUAGCCUAGUGGUUAAACGCGAAGACCCGGCUUAGAUUCCCGACAUGAGUACAAUGUGUGAAGCCCAUUUCUGGUGUCCCCUGCUGUGAUAUUGAUGGAAGAUUGCUAAAAGCGGCGUAAAAUCAAACUCACUCACUCACUCACUCACUCUUGUUGAUGUUUCGUGAUGGUCUCAAACCUGUCAGUUUGUCUGAAAACAGGAGGCAGUGUAUUUCUAAUGUCAAUACUGGGUCAGUCUGUCAUGAUAUAAGUACAGAAGAAUUUCAUGUAAGGAGGUUUUACCUUGCUCUGAGCAAAUAUGAUUUAAAUGUACAGCAAUAGAAACUAACAGUCAGUCCUUCUAAGGUAACAAUAUGACAGAUAGGGUGGUCCUUAACUUUUUUUUGAGUAGGACAUAUGAUGAAAGACUUUUGGGGUUUAUGUGGCUUUUAAUAGUUAAGCUUUGUAUCUUGCACACUGGGGGCGGUCGGGUAGCCUAGUGGUUAAGGCCUUUCGCUCGUCACGCCGAAGACCCGGGUUCGAUUCCCGACAUGGGUACAAUGUGUGAAGCCCAUUUCGUGAUAUUGCUGGAAUAUUGCUAAAAGCGGUGUAAAACCAUACUCACUCACUCAUUCUUGCACACUGACAUGUUCAUCUUUGAAAUGCCUUGAGGAUUAUGGAAUCAUACUUUGGUUGCACAAUUUAUUUGUUUCUGUGGACUGAUUAGCAACACAGAUGAAUUUUUCUUUGCAUGGUUUUGUUGAGCGUCGAUUUACAAAGAUUAUUUUUCAAGGUUCUUGGAAAACAAGUUGAAAUUGGUGCAACUCGUGUUCUAUAUAGGACUGCGUUUUGUAUAUAUGUUGCUAUUAAGACACUAUUGCCAUUGGUUUUUUUGAUAAUAUUUGCAUAAAUAUGCGUUUUUGUAAAUACCUUUCUGUUCUGAUUUGAGACUGUUUGUUUAGUGUGGGGUACUUAUGAGAUGCUAGUACAGCGGUCUCUGAAUAAGUCACUGGACAAUCCCCAGGUCCUACGUCUGGGAUAAAACAUUGCUCCUUUUGAAUCAAGCAGUGUUUGAAUAUUAGGGUUCCUGGCGUCCUUGAGGUAUUCUCCUAUUUUCAUUUCAGUUAAGAAAUGAGAAGGACUUCUAUACUUAUAUACAGAAAAAUUGAUAUGAUAAUCAAGUCUGGACCAGUCAAACAAGUGACUAAUACCAUGAGCAGCAUCCCAUGCCAUUGGGGGGCGAUCGGGUAGCCUAGUGGUUAAAGCGUUCAUUCGUCAUGCCAAGAACCAGGGUUCGAUUCCCGACAUGGGUACAAGGUAUGAAACCCAUGCCUGGUGUCCCCCCUCAUGAUAUUGCUGGAAUAUUGCUAAAAGCGGCGUAAAACCAUACUCACUCACUCACUCACCAUGCCAUUGUCUUGAACAAUGAUCAUAUUUUCCUGGAGACAUAUUCUAACCCUGAUAUCCCAUAAGUACUAAAGAAAAUCCACUUUCCCUUUCUUAUUAUAUUUUGGUUUUGCCAACCACUCAUUACAUUUUUUUAGGAAUUGCAAGUUACUUAAACAAGUACCUGAAACAAAGCUCAGCACGGGUGGCCCAGUUGUCUAAGGCGCCGCGAUUCGCUGUUCAGAGUUGCGUCCCUUGGGCACGCCAGAAACCUAUGAUUGUGCGUUCGAAUCCCGGUUCUCCCCGAUUAUGUUUCUAGGUUUGUCAGCACCAUACCAAAGCGGCGUUAAACCAAACUCACUCCCUCACUCACCCACUCACUCUUGCUCAGCAUCAAGGUUUCAAAUUAAUUCAAAGCUAAGGACAGAUUGUGGUUAGAGGUUUAAGACACCUGCAAUGAUAGCAAAAGAUAGAACAAUUAAACAUGGGCAAGAUCGUGAACAUGUCUAGUGUUGAAACAAACAAAACUCAUUGUUAUACAGUUAACAUGGAUUGCUACAAGAAACUAUGAGGGGCGGUGGGGUAGCCUAGUGGUCAAAGCGUUUGCUCGUCACGCCCAAGACCUGGGUUCGAUUCCUCACAUUGGUACAAUGUUUGAAGCCCAUUUCUGUUGUCACCCGCCAUGGUAUUGCUGGAAUAUUGCUAAAAGCUGCAAAAACCAUACUUAUUCACUUAUUGAGGAAUCUAUGAAGUGCUUUGAUUCAUGUAUUUCUUUUCUUGUGUUUUUUGUUGUUGACAAUUGUGAUGAAAUAAAAUAUGAACUGCACAACAGGGUUUCUUUCUUGACUUGUAGAGUUUGGAAUGUUAAGUCACACAAGCUAUUUUUUCCAGGUAGCCAGUGGUAAAAUCAAGAAGUCAAGCUCAUAUUGUAGGUAGCCAAAGCAUUUGAAAUUAUCUUUAUCAAUUAACUAUCAUGAUAUGUACAAGUUACAGCACUUGUCUUGAAAUUGUAUCUUAAUGGAAACUACUUGAAUUUUGCUACUUGUGACUUGAACAAUGAUGCAAUUUAUGUUGCUAGAUUAUAAAGGUAUAUCCUCGCUCAUCCAAUGAGCAUUGUAAACUGAAAUAAAGUAUGAAUUACAUUAAUUUUUAUGUAUUUUGGUUCAUUGUUGACUUUAGAAGGAAUUAUUUGCAAGUAGUAUGAUUAGCAGUUGUUUUCCAAUAUCAACUGUUAUUUAUUUUUGUGUCUACAGAUGUGUAGCAAUAGAGUCGCCACAAGAUAUUUUUCUAGGUAGUCAUUUGGCUACCUCUGAAUUUUAGACAGUAGACAAACUGAAAUUUAGGUCGCAUUGGCUACCGUUUUAGUCGCAACUUUGAGGCCUGUGCUCUAUUUUGCCCAUUUUCUAUCUGCAUCCGACAUGGUAAACUUUGGCUCCAUGGAUUUAGGAUAAUCAUUAACAGAUUGAUAUGCAUUAUAAAGUGUGAGUG